CUCAAAUCUUUGAAUCCGUUAAAAACACAUACUGCACUUCACCCGUAGGGAAAUCUUUGAAUCCGUAGGUGUUGUGUAACUAAAAACCCUAUCUUCCUCUGAAAUCCCUAAUAGUCUUUGAUAUCUCUCCAUCUCUAUCUUGUGCGAUCUUUCAAGAACGUCUUUUCAGUUGCAUUUCGGGGUUUCUACUUUCUCGGAGUCAUUGAGGCAUACUGGAGUGUAGCCGCAUUUUUAAUCGGUUUCUACUUUCUUGGAGUUCAUUGAGGCAUGCUGGAGUUUAGCGGCAUCUUUAAUUGUUUUUCUUAAGGAACAUGGAGUCUUAUAUGAUUUUGGUGCUGGGGUACCAUGGAAGUGGGAAAACAACAUUGCUACAAAACGUCAACGGAGAACCUAAGGAAGCUGCUAAUGAGUAUACUGUGGAGUUCCAGACUAAUGGAAAUGGACCUAUUCGUUUUUUGUGUGUUGAAUCCAUGGACAAUGAUAUCACUAAAAGCUGCAUGUUUGACAAUCGUCCUAUAGUAUUGGUGGGGAAUAAAGCCGAUUCUACUCGAAAGAGGAAAGUACAAGAUAUCACUGCUGAUAAGGAACUUAAGGAACUCAACCGUCCAUUUUAUGAGAUCUCAGCAAGAGAUAAAGUGCAUAUUCGAAAGCCCUUUCUCAUCCUUGCGAGGUCACUAAUUAAACUUCCUACACUGACACUGCUGGAUGACCCCAUCCCUGGUCAUAUUGAUGAUCACGUUCUUGCGGAGAACGAUGUUGCUGAAGUAAAUCUAGUUGACAUCGCUGCUGAGCACAACAUUGCUGUUCUAAAUCCUGGGGAUAUUUCCGUUGCUGACCCACAUUCUUGUAAUGUUCAUUUUGCUGAAUCAUCGGCAUCGCCCACGAACAAAUUUCUGGAUAAUGUUGCUGAAGCCAAUGUUGUUAAUGUUGCUGCUGUCCCAAAUCCUGGGGACAUUCCUGUUGGUGCUGCUGCUGAGCACAAUGUUGUUGCUCAGCAUCCUAAUAACAUUUCUUUGAAAGCAGGAUCAUCGGCAUUGCCCUUGAUCAAAGUCUUGGAUAAAAAGCCCACCUUGAGAAUCCGUGGCAAUGAUGAAGAAUUGGACUGGGACUUGGAUGAUUUGAUCAGAAACCAAAGACCUAGUUGCUGCUACUGUUAAGUUAGGCACACCGGUUCUCCACAUGAUGACAACAUUUCCUGUAUAAAGUGUUGAUAUAUUCUUCAUAAUACUGUAGUCAGCUGUUUCUCUUCUUAGUACUUCUUAGUUAACAUUUUUGAACAAAACACAGUGUUGCUGCUACUGUUAAGCUAGACAGACUGGUUCUUCACAUGAUUACAAUGUUUCCUAUAUAAAAGUGUUGAUAUAUUCUUCAUAAUACUGUAGUCAGCAGUUUCUCUUCUUAGUACUUCUUGGUAAACAUUUCUCAACCAAACACAGAGUGAGAUGUUCUUCUAAGUAAUGUACAGUGUUGAUAUAUA